AAAAAAAAAAAUUACAAAAGACUUAUUUUUAUCAACUGAUCGCAUUCCCUCGACUUUUACAUUUGUCUCGUUGCCACUGCCAACAAAGAGAACACAGCUUUUAUUGUUUUUUUUUCAAACCAAAGUGUUUCCAAAUAUCGAAAAAAAAGUAUGGCAGGCACGUCGCGAAAGAAAAUUUUAAUUGGCUGCACGGGUAGUGUAGCGACAAUAAAAUUGCCUCAACUUGUGGAGAAAUUGUGGCAACAUAAUCUCGAUAUACGAGUUGUCGUUACUGAGAGGGCCAAACAUUUUCUGAAGGAAGCACAACUUCCUCAUGGGACGCAGGUGCUUUCUGAUACUGUGGAAUGGGCGGCUUGGCAAGAUCGUGGCGAUCCUGUUUUGCAUAUUGAUCUCGUCAAGUGGGCCGACCUUUUCUUGAUUGCGCCAUUAGAUGCCAAUACGCUCGGCAAACUAGCGAGCGGUAUUUGUGACAAUAUUUUAACGUGCGUUGCACGUGCAUGGGAUCCCAAUAAACCCCUUAUUUUCUGCCCGGCAAUGAACACCAGGAUGUGGAAUCAUCCCGUUACUGAACCACAAGUUGCUUUGCUCAAGUCCUGGGGGUACAAGGAAGUCAGCUGCAUCUCAAAAACUCUUAUGUGCGGUGACACCGGAAUGGGCGGAAUGGCGGAAAUAGAUACCAUUGUACAGAUGACGCUACGCUCUCUGAAUCCCUGGGAUCCUUAUUCACCACCCCAUUUAAAACGUUAGCAUUGUUCUUAAAAAAAAAAAAAAAAAUUAAAAAAAAAUGUUGCGCAUGCCAAGAUGUUAUUUAAAAAAAAAAAAAUAAGAAACAAAUAAAAUAAAUUGUGUUCCAA